GAGUUUCGGGGUGAGCUGCUGAAUCAGAGGUGGACCUGCGGAGAGAAGAUCAGCAGCUGCAAGGGAGCCACCAGCCUGCACGGCACACGCAUCAAGAUGAGUUUAGAAAAUGACGAUAAGAGAGCACGCACGCGAUCGAAGUCUAUCAGAGUGCCCACGGAGCUCAUCGGCCAGGAGGUGAGCUGUCCAACCCCAGGCUGUAACGGCUCAGGACACAUCCGUGGAAAGUAUGCGAGACACAGAAGUUUACAGAGCUGCCCUCUAGCCAAGAAGAGGAAACUUCAGGAUGCGGAGUCCGAACAUCUGGUGUCGAAGAGAAAAUCCCAUCCGCUCAAGCUGGCCUUGGAUGAAGGCUACAACGUCGACAGUGACGGCAGCGAGGAGGCCGAGGCGAAGGAGGAGUCCGGCUCCGACGAGUCGGAGGGGAUGCUGGAGGAGGACGAGGCGGAGGCGGUGGAGCAGGAGGAGACCCGCAGCCCAAAGCCGGCAGAAGAGAGAAACCCAGCAAAACUGACCCAUUAUGGACAAAACACAGCAACAAGUACGUCUGGGCCCAGCAAGGCCAACUAUAGCAGCUAUCAAGAAAUAAUCGCCAACUCUCUCCUAAACCUAGGCCAGAUAGCGGAGGAAACCCUCGCCAUCGAAGGGCAGCUGCCUGAAGCCGAGCUGCAGGUCUCCAAGCCGCCAUCCAACGUCGUGCACCUGGUCCACGAGGACGCAGGAGAGGAGUUAGUGGAGGAGGAGUGCGACAAGGAGAUCAUCAUCCAGACGGAGGAUGCGGAGGAGGUCAUCGAGGUCACCAGCGAGCGCAGCAGUGAGUUGUGUCCGGAGCACCGGGACGAGGCGAACUGCGAGGAGUCCUGCAAACUGCAGAAGGCUGAAGGGGAAGAAGAGGAUGAGGAGGAUGAUGAGGAGGAUGAAGAUGAGGAGGAGGAGGAGGAAGAAGAAGAGGAGGAAGAAGAAGAAGAAGAGGAGGAUGAAGAGGAAGAGGAGAUGGCUCCUGAAGUGAUCUGUGAAGAAGCUCCUCACGCUUCUCAGGACGCCCAGAAAAGCCACUGUGAAGGGCAGUUCAGCCCGAAGCCCGAGUACUCGGUCAUCGUGGAGGUCCGGUCAGAUGAUGACAAAGACGACGAUGCCCGCUCCCAGAAAUCAGCGGUGACCGACGAGUCCGAGAUGUACGACAUGAUGACGAGGGGGAACCUGGGGCUGCUGGAACAAGCCAUCGCGUUGAAGGCUGAGCAGGUGAAAAUUGUGCGGGAGCCCAGCCGGCUGCCAGGAGAGCACGUAAAACACUUCCAGGUGGACGAGAAACAGAGCAAACCGCUGGACAGCAUCCGAAAGAGCUACUAUGGCAAAGAUCCCUCAAGACCCGAGAAGCGAGAAAUCAAAUGUCCGACUCCUGGCUGCGAUGGGACCGGCCACGUCACGGGACUCUACCCUCACCAUCGCAGCCUCUCUGGUUGUCCGCACAAAGACAGGAUCCCUCCCGAGAUCUUGGCGAUGCACGAGAACGUGUUGAAAUGCCCCACGCCAGGCUGCACAGGACAGGGUCACGUCAACAGCAACCGCAACACACACAGAAGUUUAUCUGGGUGCCCCAUUGCUGCUGCAGAAAAAUUAGCCAAAUCACAUGAAAAGCAACAAACCCAGUCUGGUGAUCCUUCGAAGACCAGCUCCAAUUCCGACCGCAUACUCAGGCCUAUGUGCUUUGUGAAGCAACUGGAGAUCCCUCAGUAUGGAAGCUACCGGCCCAACAUGGUCCCAGCAACGCCCCGGGCCAACCUGGCCAAGGAGCUGGAGAAGUACUCCAAGGUCACCUUCGAUUAUGCAAGUUUUGAUGCUCAGGUUUUUGGCAAACGCAUGCUUGCCCCAAAGAUUCAGACUAGCGAAACCUCACCGAAAGCCUUUAAAUCCAAACCUUUUCCAAAGGCCUCUUCCCCCAGCCACAGCCCCUCCAGCAGUUACGUGAAGAGCACUUCAUCUUCCUCCACAGGCUUCGACUACUCCCACGACGCCGAGGCUGCGCACAUGGCUGCCACUGCCAUCCUCAACCUCUCCACCCGCUGCUGGGAAAUGCCGGAGAAUCUCAGCACCAAGCAGCAAGAGGCCCCCGGCAAGUCCAUGGACAUUGAGGUGGAUGAAAACGGGACUCUGGACUUGAGUAUGAACAAGCACCGCAAACGGGAGAGCACCUUUCCUAGCAGCAGCAGCUGCAGCAGUAGUCCCAGCAUGAAGUCCCCAGAUGUGUCCCAGCGCCAAAACAGCACCAGUGCCACGAGCAGCACCAUGACCUCCCCCCAGUCCAGCCAGACCUCCCGCCAGGACGAAUGGGAUGGACCCAUUGACUACACUAAACCAAACCGUCAGCGGGAAGAGGAGCCAGAAGAGUCAGAGCCUGCCGCCCACUCUUUUGCCUCCUCGGAAGCUGAUGAGCAAGAAGUGGUGGAGGAAAACUUUGAAGAACGGAAAUACCCAGGGGAAGUUACUUUAAGCAACUUCAAGCUUAAAUUCCUCUCCAAGGACAUCAAGAAAGAGCUGCUCACUUGCCCAACGCCAGGCUGUGACGGCAGCGGACACAUAACGGGAAACUAUGCCUCUCACCGCAGCCUUUCUGGUUGUCCUCUUGCUGACAAGAGCCUCAGAAACCUCAUGGCUGCCCACUCUGCUGACCUCAA